AUCACGGGAAACAGGAAGUGGAUUUUUUGAGGUCAUAGGGUAGCAGCUAAGGACGCUGAGAGAGUGGGUUUGAUUACUUUCGCUUUGACAGGCAGUUCGAUUCAUGAUGGAUAUCGACAGUGAGCGAUACACACUAAGUCAAAUUGAAGUUGGUGGUCUAGGCGGCGAGUUAUACAUGGAGACAAUGCUACUGAAUGAAGGCAACGAUGGUUUCCGAUUGCGAUUAACAAAUGGCAAAGACGCUUGGCAGGUUGACAUUGAUUUAGAUACUGUGGAAGGAUUAGCUAAGACAUGUGGAAUGGAGCUUGAAGACUAUAUUGUGGAAAUAAAGCAAGCCUUCACGAGGGAAAACCUGGGUGUCACCAAGUUUGAGUACCAUGUUAAAAAAUAUAAAGGACAAAGUAUUGAAUUUUCAUGGAAGAAAGUAAUGGAGGCUGAUAAAAUAAAGUACCAACUUGGGUCUGUAGUGCUGGAUGCCAUUAAAGAUCCAGUUAAAACUACCACCAGUGUUUAUGAUAAUGCUAUUGAAACCAUGAAAGAACUGAAAAACUCAAUAUCAACGUUACAGACGAAUAAUGACAGGUUAUCGAAAGAAAGAGCAAGUGCAUUAAAGAGACUAGAAAAGUGUGUUGAACAAAAAGAAGCGAUGGAAAAUGAUCUGUAUGGAAAAUUUCAGGUGACAAUAAAUGACAAAAAAGCUAAAAUUAGACACCUUACAAGUGAACUUGACAAGGUUAAAAGGCUAGCUGUGACCUCAUCAUCACAAAGAGCGUCUACGUCACAUGAUAUGGAGGUUGGAGCUGACUCAGAUAACGAUAAACAUGAAGAUGAGACAGAUGAGGAGACGACAGAUGAUGAAGAAAGGGAAAGAUUAAGUAAAGUUAGAAAGAAGCCCAUAGCACCUCAAAUGAUGGAGACAGAUGGUUUAGUUUUAGGCGAUGAAGGAGAUGGGGACAGUACACAUGCUACAAAAAGGAGAAGAAUUAGACAGCCCAGUCAGAAAAAGCAAACUCCUUCAAAACCAUCCAUUCCAAAAGUGCCUUCAAAAAAAUCAUCUACAGCAAGUGAAUCGAGCUCCAAUGGGCGCAGACGUUCUAUCAGAAAAUCCAAAUCACAAAAUGUGGAUGAUCUCUUUGAUGAACUUUGA